AUGAACUGCAGCGCCAACGCCACGCCCGCCCCCCCGCUGGGACUGGGGCUCAGCCCGCGGCCCGCGGACGGCGGCGGCGGCGGCGGCGUGUGGGCGACCGCGCUGCUCGGCGCCACGCUGGCCGUCAUGUGCGCCGCCGGCAUGGCGGGCAACACGUACACGCUGGUGGUGACGCGCUCGGCCGCGCUGCGCCGCACCGGCUCCAUGUACGUGUACAUAGUCAACCUGGCCCUGGCCGACCUGCUCUACCUCUCCACCAUCCCCUUCGUGGUCUGCACCUACUUUGCCCACGACUGGCUGUUCGGGGAGGCCGGCUGCCGCAUCCUGCUGAGCCUGGACCUGCUCACCAUGCACGCCAGCGUCUUCAUCCUGGUGGCCAUGAGCCUGGAGCGCUACCGGGCGGUGGCGCGGCCCUUCGGCGCCCACAGGUCCUCCUUCCGCAGCCAGCGGCUCACCGCGGGCGUCGUGUGGGCUUUGGCCUUUGUGCUGACGCUGCCCAUGAUGGUGAUGAUCCAGCUCAGGGAGCGCAGGCCCACGGCGGCCGGGUUGGUCAGGAGCAUCUGCUUCCCCACAUGGACCCCCGAGGCCUUUAAGGCCUACAUCGCCAUCGUGUUCUUGUCCAGUGUCCUGGUGCCCGGGCUGAUCAUCGUGGGGCUGUACGCGGGCCUGGCCCGGCGGUUCUGGGCGGCCCAGUCGAGCCUGGGAGGCAGCAGUGGCUCGGCCCGACGGCGCGGACUCAAGCAGAGGGUGGUGUCCAUGGUGUUCAGCAUCGUGGUGGCCUACUGGGCGUGUUUCCUGCCGUUCUGGGGCUGGCAGCUGGCCAAACUCUUCUCUCCAGAAGCCCUCAAAGGUCUGUCUGCAGCCGCCCAUAACUACGUGAACUUCUUCGUCACGUGUCUGACCUACGGGAACAGCUGCAUCAAUCCGUUCCUUUACACGCUGCUGACCCGAAACUACAAAGACUACUUGGCCCAGAAGGGCCAGACUGUGGGCUCGAGCAGGACUGACCCUGGAUCAGCUGCGAGCACACGGCCAGACGAGCUCUAAGGACCAUACGAUCUGACUUCUGCACAGACCUGAAAACACACGUUUUACAGGUGAAAUCUGACUGUGAGACGGAUAGUUUGGGAUCACAUAUUCUUUAUUGUGAAUGCACAUGUUUACUUUUGUCUGUUUUUGUACCGUUGACCCACACAUGUGGUUCAUCUACCUCCAGGGAAUGUAGCUGCAUCGGGCCACAUUCCUCACACUCAGGCCUCAGCUCUUUGAACCCUCCUGUUAAUUGCCUCUGCAGAAAUGAGCUUCAUCACACAUGAUGUAUAAUCCCGUCCAGUCACUCACAACCUCUACCUUUACUCUGCAGUAGAUAUCAUGAUUGUAUUCUCAUUUGUAGCCCCCUUUUUUAAUUCAAGGAUUAAUUGCCAACAUCUUAAAACAUUAUAUCAAUGGCACCUAAAGCAACACUUCUAGAUAUGUUGUGUUAUUUUUGCAUAAAUAUGAAGUUAAUAUGUUUAAGAUUU